UUUCUUUCAUCAUGGUAAUUUCUAACUAUCACAGAAACCCUAACCCUAAUGGCUACUAUCCGAACGCCAGCCCUCAGGAUCAACGCGACUUAGUCAUCUACAUCUACAUGAUCCUCGUUGCCUUUGUCAUUGCCGGCUUCAUCACGCUAGUGGUAUAUGGAAGUUACCAUCCUAAUUUCCCCGAACUCUCCAUCUCAAGAUUCCAAGUCUCCGGCUUCAACCUCUCCUCCAACAAUUUAUCUUGCGAUUUCAACGUCUCCGUCGUCAUUCGAAAUCCUAACAAGAAGUGGGGCGUCCGCUACGACGAGAUCCGCACCGCCGUCCUCUACAGCACCGGGGACGUCGGCGAGUCCGUCCUCAACGCGAACGACUUCGUGAUCGCUAGCACGUCGAUGUUCCCUUUCUCUCAGAGGCCACGGAACGUCACGGAUCUCAAGGCGGUGUUGGGGACGGCCGGACUUUUCGCGGAUGAGGGUAGGAUUCGGUGGGGAGACGGGGACUUGAGGUUCGGAGUUCGGGUUUCUUCGGCUGUGAGGUUCAGGAUGGGGGCAUGGAAGACACCGACGUACUGGUUGAAGGUUUAUUGCGAUGAUGUUCGGGUCGGGUUGCAGAAUUCUACGCGGAGUUGGAUCGAUGAUGGGACCGGCGACGGAUUGUCGGACUUUUUAUCAUAGGAAGAGAACUACGUACGUACGUAAGUAGAUGACAAUAUUGUUCCGCAAUUAUCUUUGCUUGUUUUGUUUAGGUGUUGCUCUUUGCUCUUGUUUCAUGACAAUAGUUUUUAGGUCAAUGAAAUGUCUCUUGUUCAUUCA